CUAAAAAAAAAAAAACUUAGAAAAUCACGUGUUUGGAGAUCAAAGGAGAUCCGCUUUGUAGAGUUGGAAGGAGAGCGAGAAAGAGCGAGAAGCCGUGUAGACGGACCCGGUAAAUGACAAGGCUGCGAUGGUGAAAUAAACGCGUCCAGGAAAAGAUUAAGCUCAGCCGCUCAACGUCUCCACUGAGAUUUAAUUUCAGAGAUAGGCAAGGGCUUCCCCCUCUAAGAAGAUCCCUGGAAAUUAUGUUCCGAUCGGCGCUGAUCCAGCCGGCAAGAUGAUUUUACCAAGAAGAGUCUCAGAUCGGGUGGCCGAUUCGGUGAUCUUCGCCUCCCUUGCGGUCGCAGCUUGCUUGGGAACCGUUUUCGCGAAGGAUACCGCCUUUGUGGAAGUAGUACUGUUUGAAUCAAGUCCAAAUGGAGAUUAUACCACAUACACCACAGGUUUGCAGGGACGAUUCUCUAAAGCUGGAGCCACCAUCAGCGCAGAGGGCGAGAUCGUGCAGAUGCACCCGUUAGGGCUCUGUAACAACAACGACGAGGAGGACCUCUACGAAUACGGCUGGGUAGGGGUGGUCAAACUGGAACAGCCAGAACUGGACCCCAGUUGUCUCACGGUUCUGGGAAAGGCUAAGCGAGCUGUACAGAGAGGAGCCACAGCAGUCAUCUUCGACGUCUCCGAGAAUCCGGACGCCAUCGACCAGCUGAACCAAGUGGCUGAGGACCCUCUGAAAAGGCCUGUGGUGUAUGUUAAGGGCACAGAUGCUGUGAAGCUGAUGAACAUUGUGAACAAGCAGAAGAUGGCGCGGGCGAGAAUCCAACACAGACCGCCCAGGCAGCCUACAGAAUAUUUCGACAUGGGAAUCUUCCUUGCCUUUUUCGUGGUGGUGUCUCUGGUCUGCUUGGUGCUCCUCAUCAAAAUCAAGCUGAAGCAGCGGAGAAGCCAGAGUUCCAUGAACAGGAUGGCCAUCCAAGCACUGGAGAAGAUGGAGACGCGCAAGUUCAAGGCCAAGAGCAAAGGGGCUCGCGAGAGCAGCUGCGGAGCCUCUGAUUCGCUGAGCAGUAGCUCCACCUCCGACUGCGCCAUCUGUCUGGAGAAGUACAUCGAUGGCGAGGAGCUGAGGGUGAUUCCCUGCACCCACCGUUUCCAUAAGAAGUGCGUGGACCCCUGGCUCUUGCAGCACCAUACCUGCCCACACUGCCGACACAACAUCAUCGAGCAAAAGAAGGGGAACCCAGGGCCAGUAUGCAUGGACCCAGGAAAUCCAGUCCACAGCAGACAGCAGAGGGUAGUCCUCCCGGUACAUUACCCCGGGCGCGUGCACCGCGCCGGACAGGUGACGGCGUAUCCAACCCGCACCAGCAUGGAUCCCCACGGCAAUCCCAUCACGGUGCUGACUGUGGACCAGCGGGCGGAUCCAACACUUUACCCGCCACAGUCGUCGGCGUUUCUUCGCGGCUACCCGCCUGUGCACCUGGAGCACUCGCUGAACGCGCACCGCUGCGGGUUGGACCACCGUGCCCCCAUGUACCACCAGCCCCACACCUUCAAGAGGCCCAAGUUCCACAGCCGCGGCUUCUCCCGAGCCGCCUGCUUCUCCCAGUACGAGACCAUGUACCAGCACUACUACUUCCAGGGCUUGACCUUCCCCCAGGCCGAGGGUCAGCCUGCCGGCGGGCUGCAGAAGGGUCACAGUCGGGCCUUCCAGCAGGGCCUGCUGUAUCCGGCCGUCGUCCACAUGGCCCCCGCCUCCACCUCAUGCCUGGGAGAGACCGGGAGCUCCUCCGGAUUCAGCUGCUACCACGGGCACCGCUCGGUGUGCAGCGGCUACCUGGCCGACUGCCCCGGCAGCGACAGCAGCAGUAACAGUUCGGGGCAGUGUCACUGCUCCUCUAGCGACUCCAUGCUGGACUGCACCGAGGUCAGCAACCAGGGCGUGUACGGCAGCUGCUCUACCUUCCGCAGCUCCCUGAGCAGCGACUACGACCCCUACAUCUACCGCAGCAGGAGCCCCUGCCGGGCAGUGGCGGGGGAGCCGGGGCCUACCCCCGCACCUGUGGAUGAUUCGCCGGGCGCCUUUGGGCAGGAGUGCCUGCAGCCUCCCAGUGGUGUCUCCUUUGGGUCUGGGGACCAGCUGUCCAGCUGCAGCUUGGAGCCCAACUACAGCAGCCGCUCCUCACUAGAACCCAGGGAAACUAAUACCACUACCUCAGCAGGGGCACUAGAGGGCACUGGACCAGACCUCCGGAUCAGGGGGUUGGUGUUGGACGAGGGGGUGGAGCCGGGGCCGGCUUGCUCCUGUUGCUUUGACAUCCCGCCGGCGGACUUGGAGGGCAGGGGUCAGGAGCUCUGUCGGACUGGCUUCCCGGUGACGGGGAAAUGUGGCCGGGGGGCAGAGUCCCACAGCCCCGCCCCUGCAAACUUGUACGCCCCCGGCUCUGAACACAUGUGCCCUGGGGAGCAGGGUGCCUAUGAAGGACUUCCCUGUUGCUUUUACAAGGAAACGAAUGUCCAUAGGAAUAACGGCAGCUUGUAUGCCGAGGACUGCGCGGUAAACGUCCAGUACGGCCAGGCUGACGUGGAGAGCCGCCUGCUGCAGAACCGUGGUGACCCCAGCCAGCGCAUAUCCAUCAUCCCCGAGGACAGGGACUGCGAACUGGGGCUGGGUGCUGGUCCGCGGGCCGCGCUGCUGCCAGCCAAGCAUCACGGGCUUGGUGAGGUAGACGGGGGAGGUCGGACUGUGGAGUGGGAGGAGCCUAGCGAGCUGUUCUUUUCCACUGGCCAGCGCCGAGAUCAAAUGGUCUCGUGUGCGGAGGAGUCCAGGGCUCUCUUCCACAGCCGCAUGCUCAACUGUCACGAGAUGCUGGAGGACGGGGGAGCACCAGGUGAGGCAGCAGAGCAGGAGCUCACCCCCCCGGAGGUCAUACCCAGACAGACGUACCUCCAUCGCUCCUCGCUAUGAACAAGUCUCGCCGCCUCCCAAAUGUCUCCAUAAUAACUGUGAAGCAAUUAUUAUUUUUUUUCUUCAAAAUCCUUGUUUACCUCCUUGGGCCAGUUUAAGUAUGAACUAAGUCCUGUAGCCGUAAAUGCAAGUAAAACCACACCAAGGCAAGACGGGGAGGGGGUGGGUUACAAUCUCUUCAAUCUCUUCCUCCAUACCCAGUCCCAUAAUACCUUUGGCAUUUCUGUUAUGUUCUCUUGUGUCCUUGGGGGGGGGGGGGGGGGGCGAGGGGACCAGCAAGUUGGCGUAAAGUUGCUAUGCAGCUUUGGGCUGGGUUACUUUUUUUUGUAGCCAGCCUCAUACAGAUGGGUGUCUAACAGACGGAUGUGACAGCUGCCUAAAGCCUGUCUAUCACAGUCGGGACCCUCAUAGUCUGCUGGUUAAGACUGUAUACACACCCCAACCUGGGUGGCUCUCCAGUUCAGUCAUACAGGAUUUCUCUUCCUGUUUAAGACUUGUAUGCAUAUGUUCUGGUGUACGUGCAACAAAAGAUGGCAUAAUCUUCAGUAAACACAUUUUUAAAAUGAGUAACUUGGAGACAUACCAAAACAUAGGAUUAUCAUCCAAGAUCGUGAAAUAUCCACCACCCGUGCCACUCCCCCAUUUAAAGACAACCAUCAUUGUCUACAGCCAGCCACCUCGUGGUGUCUGUUCUUUAAGAUGGCGGCUGACUCGAAGCAUCUUCUUUCCUGGAGGCAGCCCCCUGCCCACUUCUGCUGGAUGUGUGGUCUCCAUCUGGCCUAUCCCCCUUCCUAAAUUGCUCAGGGCUACUGCUGCCUUGGUAGCAACUAGCUUUUAAAGACAACUGCUCUUGUGAACUAAUGAUUUCAGCACUGUAGGGGUAGAUAGUAGUUAUUGCUUGAAGUGAAGUUAAAAUGAAGUUUAGUUUUUUUUUAUUUUUUUUUUGCGCUGCUCUCCUCCUUGUCAUCGUCGAGUUUAAUCGUCCAUCUUGUCACCGGACGAAGCGUGACUAUUCUGUAGUCUGCCCCCCCCGUAAUACCUCCACACAUGGGCACGGUGGCUAAUUCCUCGCCAUCUCCCUGGCCACAUCAUACGCGUGAAGCACUUGUCGUAAUGUGGGCCAUUUUUAGAAAGCGACUGUUAAGCUCCGCGUCCGAAAAAAGGCCAAAGUGAAGAAAUUUUGGGAAUGAUUUCAGUACAGGAGGGUCUCACCUGACCGCGGUUUCACUGACCAUUUUUCUUGUGAUAUUAUAAAUCUCUCAAUGUUCUCAACAUGCCUUGUUUGUUUUACAGACUUAUAUACUGUUUCUAUGAAAUGUAUUCAUACUGGUAAGAGGCUACAAGUUUUUUUUUUAUUUUUUUUUUUUUAAGUAACGCUAUUUAUCUAUGAACUUUAACCAUAUGCUGUAAUUCAUGAACACAAUUCUAACCUUGCCUUUGCAUAGAGAUCUAUACUGCAAAUCUAACAUUUUUUGGGGUACUUGAGUCACUAUUUAAUUUUAUAUUUUUUGUAGCACUUAAAAGGAUUGUAUAAAAACACGGUGUACAAAAAUGUAAUAUUUUUAAAUAUAAUUAUUUUCUCGGUCAUUACCAUUUCACAAUGUUUUAAAGGCUAGAAAUCGAUCUGUGUAUAUUUCUGUAUCUGUAUAGCAGCCCAUUUCAUUUAUGGAAAUAUGUUCUCUGAAUAUUUAUUUACUAAUAUAUUUAUCUUUAAGCCAUGUCUUAUGUUCAGAGUGUGAACGUUUGAGGGUUUGUCUUUUUUUUGAGAAAUCACUAACAUGAGACAUUGUAAAUACAUGGUAAUUGCACACAAAGAUUUAUUCUCUGACCAAAAACUGAUUUUAAAUUUUAGUACAAUACAAUUUUGUAACAAAGUGUACAAAUACCUGUAAAAAUAUACAGUUUUAUUCAAGUAAAA